UCAAUAAAGAUAAAAUGUGAUGCGUUACCCUAUUCAACGAUAUUUUGUAAAAAUUUGACAAUUAUAUUAGAGCUAACAAUUUUUUUUUUUUUUUGAAAUAACAUGAAACCAAAUUAUUUUAUAUCAUUGCGAGUCUGUAGUCAAGAAGUUCUCAAAAAUGUUUCAAUGUUACAAAAAAAUAUUUCGGAUCAAAAUUCAGACUAUGACCCUGGUUUUGUUGAUCCUAGAACUGCACAUCUUACACUUGGGGUAAUGGGAUUAAAGACUUGUGACUUUGCAAAUGUUUUUAGUGCAAUGGAAAAUGUAACAACUAAAGUUAAAGAAAUAAUCACUGGUGAUGAAAUCCUUCACUUUGAUGGUUUAGCCAAUUUUGGUGGAGAGGUAUUGUAUCUGAGUGUCAAAAAAGAUGACUCAUACCAACGUCUACUUUCUCUUGUAGAAAUAUUCAAAACAACUUUUGUUCAAUAUAAUGUUCCAUGGAAUGAUGAAGUUUUUACCCCACACGUAACCGUAUGGAAGCUAUCCAAAAACUUUUCCUACUUCAAAAAAAAAAAGAUUAAAAAAAUUCCUAAGGACUUAAUAAGCAUUUCUUUGAAUUCUUAUUUUGGUUUUCAAAAAAUUGACCAAAUAUCACUUUGUUCAAUAAAUCAUUCAAAAGAGCAAGAUGGCUACUAUAAAGUCAUUGCAUUUAUUGAUUUAAAAACAGGAGAUUUUACAAAUAAUAAGCUUGAAAGUUUUCUUAAAGUUGCUGCUCUUGCUCCAGUAAAUAUUGCUGUUAUCAAAUAUUGGGGAAAACGAAGUGAAGAAUUAAACUUGCCUUUAAAUUCUUCUAUCAGUGUUACAUUACAUAGUGAUGAUUUAUGCACUAAAACAGAAAUAACACUUGGCGAUGGUGAAGAUGACAUUAUUUGUUUAAAUGGAAUUGAAGAAUCAGUUUCUAAAAAUCCUCGACUAAAAAGAUGUUUAAAAAUAGUUCGUGAACAUUCUAAAAAAUUUUGUAGCAAAGAGGAAAAAAGCAAAAAGUGCAAGAUAGUCUCAACAAAUAACUUUCCAACUGGUGCUGGACUAGCUUCAUCAGCAUCUGGUUAUGCCUGUUUAGCCAAAUGUUUGGGGACUGUGUAUGAUGCUUACAUUGACCACUCAAUCAUUGCAAGACUUGGUUCAGGAAGUGCUUGCAGAAGUAUGUAUGGAGGCUUCGUUAAAUGGCAAAAGGGUGAGCUAUCUGAUGGUACUGAUAGUAUUGCUGUUCAGGUUGCAAGCGAAAAUCAUUGGCAUGGUUUGAGAGUUUUAAUUUUAGUGGUGAGUAGCCAAGAGAAGUCUAUUAGUAGUACUGAAGGGAUGAGGAGGAGCGUAAAAUCAAGUCCAUUUCUUCAGUAUAGGGUUGAACAAUGUGUUGAUGAGCGGUUGAAACUCAUGGAAGAAGCAAUCCAGAGUCAGAAUUUUGAAUUAUUUGCUGAAAUUACUAUGAAAGAAAGCAAUCAAUUGCAUGCUGUUUGCCAAGAUACUUACCCUCCAAUCAUAUAUAUGAACUCUAUAUCUCAUGAAAUUGUUCAGUUAAUAACAGCUUUCAAUGAUCAAAAGAUUAAGGCAGCAUAUACUUUUGACGCUGGUCCAAAUGCUGUUUUGUUUACAUUGGAAGAGUAUUAUGAUGAACUCUUAGCUACUCUUUUAAAUUAUUUUCCUCCUACCAAUAGUAACUUGGAAAACUAUAUAAACCACACUUCUUCAUACAUCCACAGUUUAACAGGCAAGGAGAAAAUGUUUGAUGGCAUACAACCACACAGUUCUGCAUUGAUAAAAAUCAUUUCUACAAAGCCAGGACCUGGAGCACAUUUGGUUUCAAAUUAAAAAACGAUUGCUUGCUGUCAUCUACGUUUUGUUUAAAUCUAACGUCUUUGGGAUAUCUUUAAAAGUUUUUUCAAAUUCUUUAUAAAAAAAUUUUCGAAAUUUAAAAUAUAUUAAAUGUUUAA